GUAGAGGUGGUCGCUGGGGAAGAGCUUUCCAAAAGUAUCACACCAUCAACAUUCACCAUAAAAAUAGACUUUAAAUGUUUCUUUCCAGCUUUCAGACCUUACCAUAAAUAUUCUAGAGUCUAAAAACCUUAGAGUUGAUGCUGAGUAACAGGUGAAAUGAUCUUGCACUUAGAUUUUUGUGAGACCUGAAGAUUUUAUACGUCCAUUGUGUGUUGUUGUAUCUCUGACGAUUGUAGAGAGGAUGAGAACUACCAAUGCAUACUGGGUUUCACACACACACACAGCAAAAGAUAACGGUGUCAGCAUAAGAUAAAUCAGGAAAGAACCACCAUCAGGACCUCAGCGUGCACCAGUAAACACAGCUCCAUGGCAAUGUCUUCUGCACCGGCCCUUUUGUGCUGGUCAGGUCUUUUUUCCUUCUUGGUCCUCCUUCCUCUGAUCCAGUCAUGUGAUAAAGGAACAGCACGAGACUGUGCCGAAGCAGACUUCGCUCCUGGGUCUGACCUCGCUGGAGAAGGCUUCGACAUCACCAGAAUGGAGCGGAAAGGUUCCUUUGUCAUCGACAUGAAAAGCUGGAAACACAAGGACAAAUCCUGCACUCUAUGCCAGAACCCUUACAUGGAGGGGAAGAAGCAGAAGCUCCCAGUUUCUGUGGUGGACUGGAGAACGAGCCAGAAAUGCAACAUGAAGGUUUCAAGCUCCAUCUACCAGUCCAGCGAGUCCUUGGUCAGUGCCAGCACCUCCUCUAUCGAGAACGAAUGGAACAUGAAUUUGGGAAUCGAAGUGAAGAGGAGUGAUGGGUCACUCACUCUGGCAGGCAGCAACUCCAAGCUGGCUGAAUAUUCGAUGGAGAAAACAAAAAAGGACAGGUUCAGUUUCACCAGUCACAGUAUUUCCUGUGGAUAUUACAGUUACAGGGUUUCUAACAGGCCGUUAAUUCAUCCUGAGUUUAAACGAGCCCUGAGUCAGCUACCCAAGCAGUACAAUCCACAGUUCAAGUUACGUUUCUACAAGCUCAUCGACGACUUCGGCACUCACUACAUCACCAAGGUGACCCUGGGAGGGAAGGUCAACUCAGUGACCAGUAUCAGACAGUGCCAGACGUCCCUGCAGGGUCUGAGCGUGGACGAGGUGAAGACGUGUCUGGACGUGGAGGCAUCUGCCAGUGUGGUGGGCAAAGUGAAGACCAAUGUUAACAGCAAGCACUGUGAUGAAGUGAAGGCCAAGACUGAGAAUAAAAACAGCUUCUCCAGUAACUUCAACGACCGAUUAACAGAGAUUUCCGGUGGCCACACCACAGAACCCGAGCUACUCUUCUCUGCAGAUAAAGACCCUGGGGCUUAUAAAGAGUGGCUCUCUUCCGUCCCCCUCUACCCAGAUGUGAUUUCGUACUCUCUUCAGCCUCUUCAUGAGCUUCUCCCCACCAAAAACCCGACCCGAAAGCUCCUGCGCAAAGCCAUUCACGACUUCAUCCUGGAGAAAUCUCUGUGGAGAAACUGCUCUGAGCCAUGCGCCGCCGGAAUCAAACCCAAUCCCAAAGAACCGUGUUUGUGUUCGUGCAGGAAUAACCCCGGUGUGACCCCUGACUGCUGCCCAUCCAAACCCGGCAUGGGUCGGGCUAAGGUGACUGUAGUGCGGGCGUCAGGGUUAUGGGGAGAUCACACGACCGCCACGGAUGGCUAUGUCAAAGUUUACGCCAAAAACAGCAUGUCGAUUGGACGUACACCGGUGAUCUAUAAUAACAACAAUCCCCACUGGGCCAUGACCUUUGACCUUGGUGAUGUCAUACUGACAAAUUAUGACCCUUUAAAGCUGGAGGCCUGGGAUGAGGAUAACAAGUGGGAUGAUGACCAGCUCGGGGCCUGCACUGUCCCGCUGAAAGCAGGCGCUUCAGAGAAUUUCUGUAGUUUAAAUCAUGGUGUGCUGUAUUAUAAAACAGAGGUGGUGUGUGCACCAAGUUUAGGAGGUCCAUCAUGCACUGAAUACAUCGGCUCGCCCAUGAAUUUUAAACUGGAGAAGGCGUACGUUUCUAGGCACUCUCGACCCGUCCCACAGGACAUGCUUCAGAAAAUGGGCGUGGUUCCUGAUGAAGCUCCGCUAACUAUUAAGCAGAUCGGAUACGAUUCUAAUAAAAGUGUCAUGCAGCUUCUGUAGCGAAGUUCAGCACUUUCUGCAAUCCAUUUAUGAUAUUUAUGAUUUAAACGGCUAUUCAGCGUACCUGACUGAACCCAUGCACUCGUUAAACCAGUGUGUGAAUUGGAUUAAAAGCAUCAUCAAUGACGUAAGAAAUAAAACAUGACAAGGUAGUGUGACGUUGAUUAUUUUCCUUUUACAGCACCCCCAACACACACAUUUAUUUCUCUUACAACCCAAAUUACAAAAAAAUCGGGACACUGUGUGAACUGUAAAUAAAAACAGAAUGCAAUAAUUUGCAAAUCAUGGAAACUCUGUAUUUCACUGAAAAUAGUACAAAGACAACAUAUCAAAUGUUGAAACUGAGAAAUUUUAUUGGUUUUGGAAAAAUAUAUGCUCAUUUUGAAUUUGAUGUCUGCAACACAUUUCAGAAAAGUUGGGACAGGGGCGUGUUUACCACUGUGUUGCAUCACCUCUGCUUUGAACAACUCUGUAAACGUUUGGGAACUGAGGAGACCAACUGCUGUAGUUUUGAAAGAGAAAUGUUGUCCCAUUCUUGCCUGAUAUGCAAUUUCAGCUGCUCAACAGUUCGGGGUCUCCUUGGUCAUAUUUUGCGCUUCAUAAUGUGCCACAUGUUUUAAAGCUCAUAGGCAACGUUUUUCAAUUUAUGCACAUUUGAAACUUUAUAUGUUAAAAAACCCUCUGUAAUUUUCUUCCGGUCCCAAGAAGUAUUGUUAAUAAGUAAAAAUAAGUUAAGGCGGAUCGCGGCAAAUUUCUGUUCGGCGAUUUUCGUGACCACUCUGUGCGUGAUGUCAUUCAAGACAAACAAACCACUUGAGUUGAGUCCACUUCCAUUUACUUGCCUUGCCGUUCGGCUUGAGUGCAGAUGUGUGUUCAGGAAUUUCCAAAGAAACCCCCAUGCCUUAUUGUUGUGCAGUGAACUGUAACAACGGGACCGGUUCAGGAAGAAGCUUUUACCUUUUACCGAGAGAGGCGAAGAGGUGGGGGCGGCGUGGUGGUGUAGUGGUUAGCACUGUCGCCUUGCAGCAAGAAGGUCCUGGGUUCGAGGCCAGCGAGGGCCUUUCUGUGUGGAGUUUGCAUGUUCUCCCCGUGUCCGCGUGGGUUUCCUCCGGGUGUUCCGGUUUCCCCCACAAUCCAAAGACAUGCAGGUUAGGUUAACUGGUGACUCUAAAUUGACCGUAGGUGUGAAUGGUUGUCUGUGUCUAUGUGUCAGCCCUGUGAUGACCUGGCAACCUGUCCAGGGUGUACCCCGCCUUUCACCCGUAGUCAGCUGGGAUAGGAUCCAGCUUGCCUGCAACCCUGUAGGACAGGAUAAGUGGCUACAGAUAAUGGAUGGAUGGAGAAGAGGCAGAGAGAGUGGAUUGGCUUUUUCCGGAAGAGGAAAAGAGGCGGAGAGAGAGGAUUGGCUUUUUACGAAAAAGGAGAAGAGGUGGAGCAAGUGGGUUGUUUUUUUCCGGAAGAGGAGAUGAGGCAGAGAGAGUGGAUUGUGCGCAACACUCAAGCAAAAAGGAGAAGAUUGGAGGUAAACAUUUUUAUUUUUUGCAAUUGACAAGUCAAGAAUCCUGAGGGAUCCUGUACAAUCAUUGUGGAAAUGAGACAAAGGGAUAUUUCCUCGCUUGGAGUCGGCUAUAAAUAGUAUAAUGCCGCGGAUGGCAGGCUAAUGUGGCCUACCGGCACGCUGUCCAGUAAUCGUUCCCUAUAUCCACUAGGGAGGGCGGUUUAAUUAUUCUUCAAAAGGGCUCUUAUUUAGUAUUACGACGAAAGUAGGAAUUUAUCAUAACUACCAGGAUAAAUCGUUUGGGCGCGAGUCUUGUUGAGGUCCGGGGUCACCGCGGUCAGAGUCGGCCGAGUCGCUGUCCAAUUCCGAGGCUGCAUGGUCAAACCAGUGAUCCACAUUCACUGAUUGCUUCGCAACGGCUAUAGGUUCAUACAUAUAUGGUUUCACCUCUCGAUAUUUAAUUUGGAGAGUUCCUACUUCAAAAUCGCUUUCAGACAUUUUACACAACCUCUCACGACCAAAGUCCGUACACGUGUGCUUGGUUCGCAGGUAAACACAGAGCUGCUCCCGGUCUGUUUGCCUUGAAUGACGUCAUGACGACGGGCCCCUGGGGGUGAAAGUGCGCAUAAGUUAGAUGCAAACAAACCUUCGGAAAUUGGGCAAAACAGUAUAUUUUAACCGUUUUAUUCAAUUUUAGGGUGCAAAUUAGACACUAGGAUGAUUGAAUUCACUUUUUGGGUCGUUCUUCUAGACAAUAAAGUUGAUAUUCUACGUUUCACCUCCGACCGUUGCCUAUGACCUUUAAAUGGGAGACAGGUCUGGACUGCAGCAGGCCAGUUUAGUACCCAGACUCUUUUACUAUGGAGCCAUGCAGUUUUAAUAUGUGCAGAAAGUGGUUUGGCGUUGUCUUGCUGAAAGAAGGAAGGCCUUCCCUGAAAAAGAUUUUGUCUGUAUGGCAGCAUAUUGCUCUGAAACAUGUUUAUAUCAUUCAGCAUUAAUGACGCCUUCCCAGAUGUACAAGCUACCCAUGUCAUGUGCACUAACGCCCCCUCAUACCAUCACAGACGCUGAAUGCUUUUGAGCUGUGCACUGAUAACAAGCCGGAUGGUCCCUCUCCUCUUUAGCCUGGAGGACGUGGUGUCCAUGAUUUCUAAAAAGAAUUUCUCCUUUUGAUUCGUCAGACCUCGGGACAGUUUUCCACUUCGCCUCAGUCCAUCAUAAAAGAGCUCGGGGCCAGAGAAGGGGGCGGGGUUUCUGGAUAUCGUUUAUAUCUGGGUUUAACUUGCGUUUGUGGAUGCAGUAAUGAAGUGUUUUCACAGACGAUGGUUUUCUGAAGUGUUCCUGAGCCCAUACAGUGAUUUCCACUACAGACACGUGUCUGCUUUUAAUGCAGUGUCUCCUGAGGGCCUGAAGAUCACAGGCAUCCAAUGUCAGUUUUCAGCCUUGUCUCUCGCAGACAGAGAUUUCUCCAGAUUCUCUGAAUCUUUUAAUGAUAUUAUGGACCACAGAUGACGUGAUCCACAAAUUCUUUGCAGUUUGACACUGAGAAUGCUUUGUUAUUCUUAAAUUGUUGCACUGUUUGCCCACACAGUCUUUCACAGAGCGGUGAACCCCGCCCCAUCUUACUUCUGAGAGAUUCCGCCUUUCUAAGAUGCUUUUUUUAUACCCAACCAUCUUACUGACCUGCUGCCAAUUAACCAAAUUAGGUUGGGGUUUUUUUUUAGCAUUACACAACUUUUUCAGUCUUUUGUUGCCCCAUCCCAACUUUUCUGAAACGUGUCGCUGACCUCAAAUUCAAAAUGAGCAAAUAUUUUUCACAAAACAAUAAAAUUUCUCAGUUUCAACAUUUACAUGUUGUCUUUGUACUAUUUUCAGUGAAAUAUAGGGUUUCCAUGAUUUGCAAAUCUUCACAUUCUGUUUUUAUUUGCAGUUUACAUAGCGUCCUGACUUUUUUGGAAUUGGGGUUAUAUAUAUCACAGCAAUUUCACAAGUGUGUGAUGAAUAAAGUUGUGCUUUCUUUCUUUCUGCUAAACAAAUUAGUUUCUGUUGUCACUUAUGUUAUAGCAGCUAUAAACAGUCGUUCCCUCACCAGACUCUCUUUAUUCUCUCUUUUUAAAAAAAGCCUGUUCCAUCAUGUUACUGAGAAACCGCAAAGAAGAGUAAACUCCUCUGUUCUGAAGAUGUUGGAAAACUUAGUUACAGCUUCACUUCUGACUGUUACACAGCACUGACACUGGAGACUCCUUCCAGAAACGUCCAGAGGUGGAAAAACUGGAUUGACAAAGUAAAAGUCCUGCUUAGGUUUUCCUUCUGCCUGUGCUCUCAACACAGGUGAUUUCACCAAUUAGCUCAUCAACCUGGCUUAGGGGAUGUGGUAAUUAGGAUCAGCUGGUUCAUUGAAUUGGCUGGAGCAAAAAUGUGGCAGGGUUUUUACUUUCUGCACCCGGGUUUUUCCACCUCUGGAAACGUCACACCCUGGAGUCUUUGUUUCAGUAUCUGUGAAUUAUUGUUCAGUUUGAUUGUAAUGUUCAAAUAUUUAUAUUCAUAUGUAUCUAUUCAAUAUUGUGAUGUAUGUCAGCCUUAUAUAUAUAUCUGUAUUCAGCUUCGCAUAGAUUUUUCUUCCAGAAAAAGAAUUAAUUACUGUACCAUUAAACAAUUACCAAAAAUCUG